AUGUGGUGGCCUGCGCCUAUAGUCCCAGCUACUCCAGAGGAUGAGGUGGGAGGAUUGCUUGAGCCCAGGAGGUGGAGGCUGCAGUGAGCCGAGAUUGCACAUCACACUGCAGCCUGGGCAACAGAGCAAGACCCUGUCUCAAAAAAACCCAAAAAACAAAAAACUUAAAAAACAAGGCCAGGUGUGGUGACUCACGCCUGUAAUCUCAGCACCUUGGGAGACUGAGGCAGGUAGAUCACUUGAGGUCAGGUGUUCGAAACCAGCCCGGCCAACAUGGCAAAACCCUGUCUCUACUAAAAAUACAAAAAUUAUCUGGGCGUGGUGGUGUAAGCUUGUUAUUCCAGCUACUUGGGAGGCCGAGGCAGCAAAAUCGCUGGAACCCGGGAAGUAGAGGUUACCGUGAGCCGAGAUCACUCCACUGCACUCCAGCCUGGUCAACAGAGCAAGACUCUGUCUUGAUAAAAAGAAAAACAAGAAAAGUAAAAAACAAACAAAAAGACUUUUUGUCUGUAGGUCACGGAGAUAUAGAAUUAAGUGAACUGGUGAUUCUUGAGGGAAAUGCUGUCCCACUGUUCAGUUUCCUCCAUCUCAUCAAAUAUUCCAAGGCCUGUCAUGGGCCUAUCGUAACAGCUUCCUAUCUAUCUGACUGACGCAGGUGAGGGCAGACAACUUACAAAAACACAAAGAAAGAGAGUACAAAGUCAACUGGGAGAAGUGCCUUAAGAAAGGAAGAAAUCAGGCUGGCGUCGUGGUAGCUCACACCUGUAAUCCCAGCGCUUUAGGAGGCCGAGAAGCUUCAAGAGAACUGUGAGGUGCCUCCCGCAGCCCACUGCUCUUUGAUGCUGUGUGCAGAUGUUGAUCAUCUUUCUGAAGUAGACUCUCCAUGGCCUGAACAUUUUCUGAAAAUCAUUUUGAGCAAAAUAUCUGUUUAAUAACAAGAUAAUCACAUCAAGAUGGUUGGAAAGCUGAAGCAGAACUUACUAUUGGCAUGUCUGGUGAUUAGUUCUGUGACCGUGUUUUACUUGGGCCAACAUGCCAUGGAAUGCCACCACCGGAUAGAAGAACGCAGCCAACCAGUCAAAUCAGAGAGCACAAGGGCCACUGUGAGAACUGGCCUGGACUUCAAAGCCAAUAAAACCUUUGCCUAUCACAAAGAUAUGCCUUUAAUAUUUAUUGGAGGUGUGCCUCGGAGUGGAACCACACUCAUGAGGGCCAUGCUGGAUGCGCAUCCUGACAUUCGCUGUGGAGAGGAAACCAGGGUCAUUCCCCGAAUCCUGGCCCUGAAGCAGAUGUGGUCACGGUCAAGUAAAGAGAAGAUCCGGUUGGAUGAGGCUGGUGUCACUGACGAAGUGCUGGAUUCUGCCAUGCAAGCCUUCUUGCUAGAAAUCAUCGUUAAGCAUGGGGAGCCAGCCCCUUAUUUAUGUAAUAAAGAUCCUUUUGCCCUGAAAUCCUUAACUUACCUUGCUAGGUUGUUCCCCAAUGCCAGAUUUCUCCUGAUGGUCCGAGAUGGCCGGGCAUCAGUACAUUCGAUGAUUUCUCGAAAAGUUACUAUAGCUGGAUUUGACCUGAACAGCUACAGGGACUGCUUGACCAAGUGGAAUCGUGCCAUAGAGACCAUGUAUAACCAGUGUAUGGAGGUUGGUUAUAAAAAGUGCAUGUUGGUUCACUAUGAACAGCUUGUCUUACAUCCUGAACGGUGGAUGAGAACACUCUUAAAGUUCCUCCAGAUUCCCUGGAACCACUCGGUGCUGCACCACGAAGAGAUGAUUGGGAAAGCUGGGGGCGUGUCUCUGUCGAAAGUGGAGAGAUCUACAGACCAAGUCAUCAAGCCAGUCAAUAUAGGAGCUCUAUCAAAAUGGGUUGGGAAGAUACCGCCAGAUGUUUUGCAAGACAUGGCAGUGAUUGCUCCUAUGCUUGCUAAACUUGGAUAUGACCCGUAUGCCAACCCACCGAACUACGGAAAACCUGAUCCCAAAAUUCUUGAAAACACUCGAAGGAUACGGAACUUGCAGAUACAGAGAGCUGACUGUGUAACUGUUCUGAUAUCAGUUUGGUCUAUAAGGGAGAAUUCCAGCUACCUGACUUUCUUAAAGAAAAACCACAGUCCCAGCUACUCCGGAGGCCGAGGCAGGAGAAUCCUCAGCCCAGGAUUUCAAGCCUGCAGUGAGCUGUGAUUGCACCACUCUACUCCAGCCAAGGUGACAGAGCGAGACCCCGUCUCCUAAAACAAAAAAGAAAGAAAAUAGAUCAAGUAACAAACAACUGUCGUCUUGUUUUGACCCUCUUCAGAAGGUGGUUUUUAAAUCAGCUGUCAAACUCUGACAGGUACUCUUGAAUACAAGUUUUUGAUGACUUUGGAGGUUGUAAUAUCAGAAUAAGAGAAAAACGUUUAGGACUCCUGGAGAACUGAAGUGUUCGUGAAUAGCAAGAAGAGCAGGAGUUAACUACAUGGACUGGACUAAUAGAAGACGGAAGUAAUCUUUUUGACUUUUUGCUCAAAACACUGCUGAUUCCUUUGUCUUCUUUUUUUGAGACAGCGUUGCUCUGUUGCCCAGGCUGGAGUGUUGGCAUGAUCUCGGCUCACUGCAACUUCUGUCUCCCAGGUUCAAGUGAUUCUUGUGCCUCAGCCUCCCAAGUAGCUGGGAUUACAGGCAUGCAUCACCACACCCAGCAAUUUUUUAAAAAAAUUUUUUAGUAGUGAUGGGGUUUUGCCAUGUUGGCCAGGCUGGUCUCAAACUCCUGCCUCAAGUGAUCUACCCAUCUUGGCCUCCCAAAGUACUGGGAUUACAGACAUGAGACACCAUACCCAGUCUGUUUUGUUUUUUCAGAGUCAAGGAAACUUUUCUUUUGAGCUACAGGCAACUUUUAACGAUUGGGUCUAAUCCUUGGCCAUGCACGGUGGCUCAUGCCUGUAAUCUCAGCAUUUUGGGAGGCCAAGGUGGGUGAAUCAUCUGAGGUCCAUAGUUCAAGACGAGCCUGGCCAACGUGAUGAAACCCUGUCUCUAUGAAAAAAUAUAAAAAGUCGCUGGACGUGGUGACAGAGGCCUGUAAUCCCAGCUACUUGGGAGGCUGAGGCAGGAGAAUCACUUGAGCCUGGGAGGUGGAGGUUGCAGUGAGCUGAGAUCACUCCGCUGCACUCCAGUCUGCUGGAUGAGAGUGAAACUCUGUCUCCAAAAAAAAAUUAAUAUAUUGCUAGUACAAACUCUAGAGCUAUUUGUUUCUAUCUGAUUUACACAGAAUUUGGAACCCAUUUGCGGGUAUUAUUGACCAAUGGCAAUACAGUUAUUUGCAUAAGUGUCACAAGCAUCUGUUUUCAUUUAUAACAGGACUCAGUUGGAGAAACUUGUUAUUUUUCCAAGCUUUGACUGGAAUAAUGUGCUUUCCUUGAAGGAAUCAAACUUGAUGUAUAGAGCCAAUGAAAGCCCCUUGGCAAAACUGGCAUUAUACCUUUUCUACACAGUCCCUGUACAGGGUUCCUAGCAUGGUAAGUAAAGAAUGGUGCCGGGCACGGUGGCUCAAGCCUGUAGUCCCAGCACUGUGGGAGGCCGAGGCGUGUGGAUCACGAGGUCAAGAGAUCGAGACCAUCCUGGUCAACAUGGUGAAACCCCGUCUCUACUAAACAUACAAAAAAUUAGCUGGGCAUGGUGGCGUGCGCCUGUAAUUUCCGCUACUCAGGAGGCUGAGGCAGGAGAAUUGCCUGAACCCAGGAGGCGGAGGUUGUGGUGAGCCGAGAUUGUGCCAUUGCACUCCAGCCUGGGUAACAAAAGCGAAACUCCAUCUCAAAAAAAAAAAAAAGAAUAUCACUUUCUGACAGCCUAGAAGCCCCAAGUUUAUCUUGGAACCUGAAGAGGUGAGGAAUUUACCCAGCUCAUAGGGAUUUGAUGGUACAAUCCAUGGUUGGGCUUGGCUUUAAAAAAGUCUUAUCUGAGAUUCCUUCUAUGGAACAAAAUUCCAUCAAAACUAUCUUGAAAGCCUAUGUGGAAGAAUAAUUAUCCUUGUUGUGCUGUAUACAAAUAAUCAGGCCACGUAUAAUAGAGCAAAUCAGUCCUACCAUUAUUUGUCUUUAGUAAAAAUGGGAAACUGGAGAGAGAAAAAUUAUGUUUUAAAAACUACAGUGCACCUGUUGUUGGAUUCUACUCUUGCCUAAUGUUUUUCAAUUUUUAUUAUUUUCUACAGUUUGAACUGCAUUCUAAUUUUUCUUGGUUACAAGCCAUCAAAAUAAUGUGUUCAAUUUUUUCCCCUCCUUUUCCCACAUUUUUCCUAAUUUGGAGUCACAAAAACUAAACUGGGCUUUGGUAAACCCCUGCAACCUGCAGCUAGACAACUUAAACUUCAGAAGAAAAUACCAGCAACCUGUUUACGCACAUCAGCCACUUUCGUGCCUGCCUGCUGAUGUAUGAACUUCAGAGCAGUGUGGCCUGUGCUGACUUCCCAGGAAGGUUCUUCUGUUUGUUAUUGUUCUCCUGUACUCUCCCUAGUUUCUCUUUAUAGAACACGAGACUGCAACCUGCCAAAAAUGAACUUUUCUAGUAACUUUGGAUCUACCUGUCUAGAAUAAACCAUCCUAGCCAUGAGAGAUCAGAGAAAACCUGAGACCAGAGACUUGUUUUUUCCUAAAAUGCUUUCUCCAAAAGAUUUUUUAAAAGAAAAUAUGGAAAAUAUGAAAGGAAAAUAAAUCUUGGGGCUCCCAAAUCACUAAGCUAAAGGGAAAAGUGAAGCUGGGAACUGCGUAGGACAAAACUGUCUCAUUCUAUUCAAGGUCACCCCUCUGCUCACUGAGAUGAAUGCAUGUCUGAUUGUCUCAGAUUAAUCUGGAGAGGUUAAUCAUGAACUCAAAAUCACGUAACCGUUUGUCUCUUAUCUACGUGUGGCCUGGAAACCCCCUCUCCGCUUUCACUUCUCCUGCUUUCUCCUCCAGUUGUCCUACCUUUCUGCAUUGAACCAAUAUACAUCUUACACGUAUUGGUCGAUGUCUCAUUAUCAGAAGCGUUUGAGUCAGAAUAACUUCAUCCUGAGUGAGGGCUAGGGAAAUGAAGCUGGGACUCGCUUGACUGUAUUCCCAGAAAGUUAGGCAUUUCUAAUCUCUAGAUGUUUAUUGCUAAGGGAACAGAUUAAUAACAUUUACUAAACAGAUUCAGACUUAGGAGUGUCCUGAUAUCCCCAUGUCUUGAUAACAGUAGCAUCCCUAAUUUUGCUUUAAAGAUAAUAUCUAUUCUUGCAAAAUACAGUAAUUUAGAAAAUGAAUCCUUCAUCCAAACCUUAUAAUCUUUUUUUAUUCUAUAUAUAAAUAAGUAUCAUACCUAAGGUGAACACGUUUCUCCUCUUACUUUUGAGAAUGUCCUAUUCUGUCUAUGGAGUGGCUGUUCUUUCACCAUUUUACUUUCUGAAUAAACUUUCUUUCACUUUGCACUGUAGAGUCGCCCUGAAAAAUCAAUUUCUUGGUUGCUGUCUCCGUUUCACUGUCAUUUCCAGGAAAUUCUGGUCUUAGGAAGAAACAUUGGGAACAAAAAAGCAUUAAAGGCUUCACAUCUAAAAUUGCUAAUUACCAUUUGGUAUUUAAAAGCUAUGAGCAAUAGGAUUAGAUAGAAAUAGUUACGUUCUGUUGCUGCUGUGCCCGCCAGGCGUGAUCAACAGGCGCUGGGAUAGAAAUCAGUGGGCUUUUCUCCUUGUGCUUUUGUUUCAUUUGCACUCUAAAAACCCUUCUUUCUUUUCUUGGAUUCAGGCACACUGGCUUUGCUCCUCCAAUCCGUGCUGCCACUAUUGCCCUGAGACCGCUUGCUGCACUCAUUCCCAUCUGAAUUCUCUUCUUUUCCUUUGCCUUAUGUGGCAUUUCUUUUGUCAGAUGCUGUGCUAUGGGUUAUCUAAGAUUCAUGGCUCAGCUCAUUUACAUUAUUCAGAUGGUGUGAAUAAGAAUAAGAGAAUUCCAUUCAAUUUUGUUUUGAGAUGGAGUCUUGCUCUGUUGCCUAGGCUGUAGUGCAGUAGUGUGAUCUUGGCUCAUGGCAACCUCUGCCUCCCAGGUUCAAAUGAUUCUCCUGCCUCAGCUGCCCAAGUAGCUGGGAUUACAGGUGCCUGCUACCACACCAGACUAUUUUUUUUAUUUGUAGUAGAGAUAGGGGUUCACCGUGUUCACCAGGCUGGUCUCAAACUUCUCACCUCAAGUGAUCCAUUUGCCUCAGUCUCCCAAAGUUCCGGGAUGACAGGUGCGAGUCACCGUGCCUGGCCAAGGGCUUAAUUUUUGGCAGGGAUUUCCUCAUUAAUGUAGCUGUCCUUAAAAACCUCAAAAGCCACAAGCACUCAACAGCCAGUCUGUGAGAAUGGCUGUGGGAGCUGAACACUGCAAAGCCACAGAGGCAGAGCUGCCCAAGGCCUUGAGAGCCUACCCCUUGCACCAGUAUACUGUGGAUGCAGGACAUGAAGUCAGAGGAGACUCUUUUGGAGUGUUAAGAUUUAGUGGCCAGUCACCGUGGCUCACACUUUUAGUCUUAACACUUUGCAGGCUGAGGCAGGUGGAUUGCUUGAGUUCAGUUCAGGACCAGCCUGUGGAACAAGCUGAAACACAGUCUCUACAAAAAAAAAAAAUUAGCUGUGCGUGGUGGUGUGCACCUGUAGUCUCAGCAACUUGGGAGGCUGAGGUGGGAGGAUCACCAGAGCCUGCGAGUUUGGGGCUGCAGUGAGCUGUGAUCAUGCCACUGGGCCUGGGGGACAAAGUGAGACCCUAUAACAAAAGACUUUAGGGAAGCAAGUGUGAGCCCCAAAACCAGAGACAGGUCUCAGUUAAUUUAGGAAGUUUAUUUUGCCAAGGUUAAGGGCAUUCACCCCUGACACCACCUCAGGAGGUCCUGAUGACAUGUGCCUAAGGUGGCCAGAGCACAGUUUGGUUUUCUAUAUUCUAGAGAGACAUGAGACAUCAAUCAACAUAUGCAAGGUAAACAUUGGUUUGGUCUGGAAAGGUGGGACAACUGUAAGCAAAGGCAGGAAGACUCAAAGAGGAGAGGAGGAUUCCAGGUCAUAGGUAGGUAAGAGACAAAUGGUUGCAUUCUCCUGAGUUUCUGAUUAGCCUUUCCAAAGGAGGCAAUCAGGUAUGCAUUUAUCUCGGUGAGCAGAGGGGUGACUGAAUAGAAUGGAUUGGCGCUGAGCAGUUUCCAGUUUUUUCCCUUUAGCUUAGUGAUUUUGGGGCUCCAAGAUGUAUUUUCUUUUCACAGAAGUAUACUGACAAUAAAGGGCACAUAAUAAUGACGUGCUGGCCUGGAACGGUGGCUCACGCCUGUCAUCUCAGCACUCUGGGAAGCCGAUGCAGGUGGAUCACCUGUUAGUAGUUCAAGACCUGCAUGACCAAUAUGGUCUCUACUAAAAAACAAAAAUUAGCCAGGCAUGGUGGCAUGUGCUUGAGCCUAGGAUGUCAAGGCUGUGGUGAGCUGUGCUCGUGACACUGCACUCCAGCUUGGGUAACAGAGCAAGACCCUAUCUAGAGGAGGAGGAAGAAGAGGAGGAGGAGGAGGAGGAGAUGAAUUCAAUGGCAAAAUAUAACACUCCUAAAUAAAUAGACAUCUAUAGCUUCAAAAUAUGUAAAGCAGAAGUUGAAAGAAAUAAAAUAAAUUAACUAAUCUACAAACACAGCUGGAAAAUAUAAUGUACCUCUCUCGGUAAAUGAGAGAAAAGGAAUAUACAUAUUUUAGUAAUAUAUAGAAGAACUGAAUUCCCCUAUUAAGCAACUAUACAUUUUAUCUCCAUAAAAUAUUGCAGAAAAAUUUUCAGAGUAGACACUCAUUCUAAGCAUGAGAAACAUUAACAAAAGAAUAUAUUCUAGUCCCCUUGGGUGGCUGUUCUUGGCCCACUGGGGGCUGUCCUGUCCCCAAAACUCUCCUAGGCUAGGGGUGUGCUGCAGGGUCCUGCAAAGGGAAAUUGUGCUACCAUGGUGCCAGUCAUCCCCUCCUCUAAGGCUCUGGGCAGAGGCUUUCUUGAAACCAAGGAGACAGCCCUGAUGUACUAAUCACCUACACGGUCAUUCUUCCUCUGUCUUGAAUAGCAUGUCUGUAGCUGAGUAAUUCUAUGGCUCUGUCCUGUAAAACCUAAGAAGUCCAACAGCCUUCCUUCAUUUUAUCCCAUUUUCUCUGUUUACUUUAGUUCUAGCUGGCAGUGUUUCUGGUCUGUAAGCUCCAUUCUCAGCUUCUGGUGUGAUGGCUAAUUAGGUCCAUGAUUCACACCCACAUUAAUCUUAUCAAAUUGUCAGUCUGUCACACCAUAAUGCCCUCUUCCAAACAUGCUGUCUAUUGUUUUUUGUCUUUUUUAUGUUAUUUUAUGUUUAGCACCAGAGCCAUCACACUGGAAAACAUGCUAUCUAAGUUUUUUUGUGUGUAAUAUGAAUAGGCUGAGAAUGUUUCCCAUCUGUAAUUUCUAGUUCUUUUUUGCAUAAAAAUUUCAUCUUCAAUUCAUUUCUUUUUUCUUACAUGUUACUAGAAGCAGCCAGGCGGAAUAAAGCCACUCCUUCAACACUUUGCUUAGAAAUCUCUUCAGCAACGUAAAAUUGACAGAUGAAAAUCUGUCAAUUUAAAGAUAAUAUAAAAAUAAAUUUCUUUAGCUAAAUAUUUAAUUUCAUUACUUGCAAAUUCUACCUUUCACAAAACACUAGAGCAUAAACACACUUUUGCCAAAUUCUUUGCCAUUUUAUAAUAAGGAUUGCUGUUUCUUCAUUAUCCAAUAAUAUAUUCCUUAUUUCCAGCUGAGUCCUCCUCAAAAUGGCCUUUGCAGUCCAUAUUGCUUUCAACAUUCUUUCCUGAUUGUUGGUGUGUUCUCUGAGAUGAAAGUCUUCUUCCAUGUGAGGACACAGUAAGAAAGCAUUUCUUACAAACCUGGAAGAGGACCCAUACCAGACACUGAAUCAGCCAGUGUCUUGAUCUUGGACUUGUCAGUCUCCGGAACUGUGAGAAAUAAAUGCUUGUUGUUUAAUCCACCAGUCUAUGGUGUUCUGUUAUAGCAGCCCAGACUGAUGAAGGCAACUAUCUUCUCUUGUUUGCUGUUAUCUUUAAUAUUUUUCCCCAAAUUUAUGAAGACUCCAAUCAAUCAUAGAUUAUGAAUAUUUUUUGCCUUUGUGCAACUUAUCAGAGUCUCCAGACUUACUAAGCCCAAACUUCUUGGUGUAUGAUGCAAAGAUUUCAUGAAGGUGUGACAUAAGGUGUGAUAGCAAGAUGGAUCGCUCCUGUUUCCUGGGAAGUGUGUUCUGGUUAUGAGGGACUGGCACCAUAUGCUCAUUGCUGGCAUAACGCUUAUGCUUCUAACUGUGCUGUCAUCUUCCAUUUCCAACCAUGCUCAGAGCCAUCUCACAGGUAACACGACUAAGUCUUCAGUGGACUAUUUUUUCCCCUUUCACAUAUUUGCAUUGACCCCAGUGGAUCUGAAGGCAGAGCAUCAAGCCAAAGUGGAUUAUUAUUGAACCUUAUGACCUGAUGGAAUUCGCCUUGCUAGGUUUUGAACUUGCUUGGAAACUGCCACCCUUUUCUUCUUCCCUGUUUCUCCUUUUUGGGAUGGGAAUGUCUGCCCUAUGCCUGUCCUGCUCUUGUUUUUUGGCAGCACAUAGUUUGUUUGGUUUUGCAGGUUCACACUUGAAGAAGAAUUUUGCCUCAGAAUGAAUCAUACCUGGAGUCUCACCCAUAUCUGAUUUAGAUUGCAUUUAGAUGGGACUUUGGACUUUAGAAUUGGUGAUGGAAUGAGGUCAGAUUUUGGGGGCUACUGGGAAGGAAUAAAUGUAUUUUGCAUGUGAAAAGGACAUGAAUUUGUUGGGGGCAGAGGUGGAAUGCUAUGGAAUAAAUGUUUGUGUUCCCCCCAAGUUAAUGUUGAAGCCUAAUCCCCAAAGUGAUGGUAUUUGGGUUAUGAGGCUGGAACCCUCAUAAAUGGGAUCAGUGACCUUAUAAGAGGAGGCACAAGAGAGAUGAUCUCUCUCUGUACCAUGUGAGAAUACAACACUGUAAACCAGUAAGCAAGCCCAUACCAGGAACUGAAUUGGCCAGCACCUUGAUCUUGGCCUUCUCAGUCCUCACAACUGUGAGAAAUAAGUUUGUUUUUUAUGUCACCCAGUCUGUGGGAUUUUUGUUAUAGCAGCCCAAAUUCACUAAGACAAUGGUGAUGUAAACACAGAGCAUGAUUUAGAGGGGCUGGUAUUUUCACAAUUAGGUGGAUAAACUGUAGCUUGGAAGCUACACUUGGCGCUAGUUUCUGGAUGGUUGAAAUUGGAAACCUUAAGGUAUAUGAGACAGACUGACCACCAUUCUUACUGAUCAAUUUGACCUGAGGACGUCUAUGAUACUGAAACAUGAAACGUAUAACUAAAAAGUUGUUUAUUUCUUUUGUUUUUGAGACAGGGUCUCUCUGCAUCAACCAGGCUGGAGUGCGGUGGCAUGAUUGCCACUCACUGCAGCCUGGACUUCCUGGGUUUGAGCAAUUCUACCACCUCAGCCUCCCAAGUAGCUGGGACCGCUGGUGUGUGGCACCACACCAGGCUAUUUGUUUUUUAUUUUUAGUAGAGACGAGGUGUCACUAUGUUGCCCAGGCUGGUCUUGAACUCCUGGGCUCAAGUGAUCCUCCUGCCUUGACCUUUUAAAUGUUGGGAUUAUAGGCAUGAGCCACUGUGCCCGGCCAACUAAAAAGUCUGAAUCUCCUGAGUUGGCCAACUGCUUUUGGAAGGGUAAAUAAUCCGCAGAGUGGUCAUGUCUGAAUAAGGAGAAGUCAUCUGACGUGAGGCCAGUACCAGGGACAAGGCCUGGAGAAGCUAGGCAUGGAGAACCGGCGUGGAGGACUACCUUGCAGUGUCUCCAAAUCCUCUCUGGAUAGAUGAACACAUCAAGGUCAGAGGCCUCAGAGUAGUGGGAGAAAUUGGAGAAGAUGUACAAAUGUGAGGUGCAGAUGUGCAGUUCAGAGAAUUCCAUGAAGAGAGGAAACCUUCGCUAGGGGUGAGGGCGGGGGAAGAGUGGUGUGCAGGACUGUCAGGUUCGUGCAGGGCAGAUGUCUGAAAGCCCCUAAGUGUUUUGAGGAGGCUAGAGCCCCUGCAUGAGGGUGUGUGGAUGGACGGGCAGAGUCAGAGGGAAGGCAAGAAAACUGCAUAUUGGAGACACAGAGCAUACUCCUGGCUGGGAGUGGGUGGUGUUUUGCCUCUGAGGACAAUCCACAGGUGACCAUGAAUGUGUUGGGUUUCCCAGUAGAGAGGACAGUGAGCCCACAUGGGGGACACUAUCAGGAGAGUCCGUGCCCCCUACUCAGUACAUUUUACCUCUCCUCACUUUGGAUUUUGUCCUGCAGCUCCAGGGAGCCGAGAGAUGGUUCCUUCCAGCUGUGCAUGAAGAGCAUUAAGCUGUGAGCUGAAUGAGGGAAAAAAAACCCACUGGUUCACUUAAAAAGGGGGCAAUACAUAUCACUUAGAGGAGGAUUAAAAGCUGUGGUGUUUGUGAAUUCCUAGCAGCAGCCUAAUGUAUGUUCGACGUGCAGAAACUGCUCCAUCCCUUCCUCAAAUGCCAGGAAGCCAUGGAGUUUUCCUGCACACAUGGAGGGAAAGUGCAGGUGCUCAUAACUGCGCAUAGACAGAUAAAACUCAAUCCAUGUCAGAAGUUACAAUGCAGAGCUGUUGUAGGGAUAGAGUUAAUGCUGGGGUUAGGGCUCAGGGGCCAGAAGUUAGGAUUUGUGAUUGGGUUCUGGUUUGGUUUGGGUUGGUGUAUGGAUUGGGUUAGGAUUGCGGGUGGGCAGCCCCGUGGGGGCUGGACCAGGGCGGUCCCUCUGCCCAAUUCCCUGCCAUGCCUUGAGCAUCGGGAUUCCUUUGCCAAUCACUCCGUGCACCUUCUUCACAGGCUUAGUGCUCCACGGCCCCUUUUGUAUCUUGCCCACUCAGCAGGGCUCUCCUCAUUGCUCGCUCCACUCAGGGACACUUUUGUCCUGUCUCUUUGACCUAAGAAUGCCCUCAGCAGCUGGACAUCGGGUUAGGUGGUUGCUCUGGUGGGCAUGAAGGAGAACAGCACGAGCCUCACCCUCCAGACCUGUUGUCCUGUGUCUGAGGUCAGGGCAUUUUCAUGCUUGUUUUCUAGCGUCAUAGACUUAGGGGGGAAAUAAUUGCCUUCUCAGGCUAUGGCUCUCCUACAUGUCCUAAAUGUACUAGUCCCUCUCUGCUCUCAUGCCUGCUCCCUCUGAUUUGGUUGUAAUGGCUUCUUGUCUCUUUAGAGCCCAGGCUGAUAACUUCUUAGCAAACAGCACUUCGUUCCCUUAGUGGUCUCCAGCUCCUCCUCCAUGCGCCUGCUCUGACCCUCUUGGCAGCUGCCCUCUGUGACCCACCGAGUGACUCUGCUCCAUGUGUAACACGUUCACCUCCUAACACUCUAUUCACUUCAGGGUCCUGUUGGAAGACAGUCUGGUCAUGGUCACUGCCAAGCACUUACAAUGGCACCUGAUGUAGAAAGAGGACUGGAUGGUUCUGUUUACCCAAUGUCUCCCUGAGACAGAGCCUUUCCUGAUGGGUAGAAAGAUAACUGGUUGGGUCUUGUCACUCAGUGUCACACCCUGGACAGAGCCUUUCCUGAUGAGAAGAUGACUGGUUGGGUUUUGUCACUCAGUGCCCCCCAAGACAGCACCAGUCCUAAUGGGCAGAAAGAGGACUGGGUGGAUCUACUCAAGCAGUGUCCCUUCGAGCCUGUCCUGGCAGGCAGAAAGAGGAUUGGGCAUGUCUGGUCACCAAGUGUCCCCUGAGACACAGCCUGUCCUUGAAUUAUCUUUUCCAGCCCCUCGGGGCUGGUCCCUGGAUCUCCCAGUUCCAUCUGAAUUCCCUGUUUUGCUUUUUGCUUGCUGUUGAGCGGAGCCAGCCCCUGUCUCCUCACCAGGUGAGGUCCUCUCUGAGCACUGUGUUUUGCUUUCCACUUCUGGGCCCGCCGCUCAUGGUGAUGAGGAGGGCUCGGCUGGUGCCGCUGGAGUGAAUGACGUGGGAAAAGAUAAACAAGGAGCAGGAAUGUCUUAUUGCUGGAUGUUACUCAACCUGGAGCUGGGUGGGUGGGGGGUACUGCGGAGCAAUACUCUCUCCUGAGUCCAGAGGGGGAGGGUCUUUACAGGAUCAGGAGGUCCCCAGAUGGGAGAGCAGGCCUUGAGCCUGGCAGAGGGAGCCUCUAUUUGUAACACUGUGUUCCUUCCAGGUGCAGUGUCCGAAUGGACAGGUCUCCUGUGUUGCGUUCUGGGAAGCCAGGGUGUUCCUUGAGUUUUCAGAAGGCAGCCUAGGCUUAGGCAUCCCUUGUGAGCUGGGCCAGCACCCCAGGAAAAGCAGGUGUGGAUGGUAUGGGUGUUUAACACAGCAAGUUACAGAGCUUUAUCACUAAUAAAAGUAGAAGUAUCCAGAAUUCCCUCAGGGUUCUGUUGAGAAGUAUUGCGAGAUUCUUUGUGAUGUUUGAAUAGUUUGGUUAGCGACUCCCCAUAGUGGAGAGUUGUGGCGGAGAAAGCAGGGGGUUUUUGUUGUUGACAUUGUUGUUGUAUUUUGAUUUUGUUUCAUUUUUUUAAAUUGAGACAGAGUCCCACUCUGUUGCCCAGGCUGAAGUGCAGUACAUGAUCUCAGUUCACCGCAACCUCUGCCUCCCUGGUUCAAGUGGUUCUCCUGCCUCAGCCUCCUGAGUAGCUGUGAUUACAGAGAUGGAGUUUCACCAUGAUGGUCAGGCUGGUCUCGAACUUCUGAAGUAUUCAUCUGCCCGCCUCAUCCUCCCAAAGUGCUGGAAUUACAGGCAUGAGCCACCAUGCCUGGCAAUAAUGUUUGAUAAACAUUGAAAUUUUACAUUUGAUUAAAUAUAUGAACUAUAUCAAACUUCAAGGUCAUGAAAUUAAUUAAAAUUAGUCCUCUCUGUUUUCUGGGCCUUGACCAUUUUAAAUAAAAUGAGAAUCUGUUAAUUUUAUUAACCACACUGUUAGCAAGAGGGCCGUGAAGCAUCCCUGGCUGCCAGCAGGGGGCACACAGGGACGAUACCGUGAGCAAAAGGACCCUGCAGUGCUCUGGUUGCCAGCAUGAGGCUUGCCGCCAUGGCACUGUCCGCAAGAGGACCUUGCAGUGCCUCCAGCGGCCAGCAGGGGGCGUGCUGCCACUAUACUGCGAGCAAGAAGACCUGGCAGCCCAGGCACCACACCGUGAGCAAGAGGACGCUGCCUUGUCCUGACUACCGGAGGGAGAUGUGCUAUCACUACACUGUGAGCAAGAGGGCCGUGCAGUUCCCCCGUCCCAGCAGGGGAUGCUGAUCACCGCGCUGUAAGAGGGCCCUGCAGUGGUCCUAGCCGCCAGCAGGGGGCGCGGGCACAGCGCUGUGAGCAAGAGGGCCCCUGCAGUGACUGGCCGCCAGCAGGUGGUGCCCGAGCCCGCCUUUUCAGAUUCCUGAGGCUCCGCCUCCGGCGUGCAUCGCGUCACAUCGCCGGCGUCACGGCGCACGUCACGGCGCCGGCGUCGGCGUCACGGCGCUGGCGUGCCUGGCAGUGUGCGGAGUUGCGUUCUCCUCAGUACAGACGUGGGGGUGCACUGUGAGGUCGGAGCUGCAGUCACCAGCACAGACCCAGCGCGGGCACCGAGAAGACAGAGCGGCGUUCUCAGCGCAGACCUUCGGGGCACCGCCUCGCUUUGGGACAACUCCGGGCCGCGUCCACGGUAUUUCAGGACAACCAGGAGGGGGCGCGCGUCCACCAAGAAACUGUGAGCAAGAGCGUCUGUGCUGAGCCCUGGUGCCACCAGAGGGCGUGCGAAACACCCUGACCAACUUCCCUUUGAGGUGCCAGAAGCAGCAAGGAGCUUUAUCUUCCUCCCGGCAGCACAAGGGUCAUGUCAUCUUGGUGUCGUUCACUGAUUCCACUUGUGCAGGGCUCCAUGGCAGCCUCCAAUCUUCAAAUCGUCAUUCUAUGAAAGCACAGAUUCCUCAAAGGAUGGCCUCAAAUGACCAGGAGUGGCUCUGUACAUCCCUGCUCCUGAAUAACAAGCUAACUGGAGUCUCCAUCAACUGCCCCCAGCAUAGACACACCUCCAGUUACCCAACUGAACUUCAUGACUGAUUGGCCAGUCGAUCAUGCCCCUGACCCAGCCUACAUGAACAUUGGAUGGCCAUCAGUGAAUUAUGAAAGAAGCAGAGGUGAGGAGGCACCUGCCCUGGACUUCAGCAGUCUCCAGCCCCUAGUACUCAAGAAGCUCUAAGCCACCCCUCUGUCACAAUGGAAGCACGUGAUACCACAUUUCUAGCUGCUGUAGAGACCCUUCCCAGUGUCUCAAAAUGUUUUAGCAUCUUUCAGUAAAAAUCUUCAAGUUUGUCAGGUAUUGAUCAAAAAAAAGGCAGCAACCUGUUUAAACCUCCCUUGAACCCUCUAUUUUAAUGUGCCUUUGUAAAUUCUCAACACCUGUUCUUCAUCUUUGUAAUUUAUCUUUAUUAAAUAACUUGUCAUAAACUCA